AUGCACAACGGUUGCCGCAUGUUGCUGCCGCGUCAGGUCGUCCAGGAGUCCGCCCUGCUGGACUACAAGGCCCGCUUGCCAGCUGCCCCGACGAGGAAGCUGUUCGCCACAUCCUCAAGCACAAAUUUCCCGCCAGCUUCUGCACGGGCUUCACCCAUGCGUGAUGCGCCAGCAGAGAACAUCUACCUCGCCCACAAGCACGCGCAGGCGUUCAUGUCCAAGUACCACCUGUACGACAGCGAGCGCUGCCACACCCUGCUGGCGAUGCUGCUGGUAAAGUACAGCCCAGAUGAGGGAAUGAACCUUCUGGGCGACGACAUGCUAGACACGCUGGCGGGAGGCCCCCUCCCAGCAGAGCCCGGCACCAACCCUGCAGACGCUGCACAACUACGGCAGGCACAAAUGGCUGAAGGUCAUGCAGCUGCCCUCGCUGCAGAGUUUGCCGAACAGGACAACAACCACUUCACGUUGCACCAGCAAGCAGUGGUGGACGCGCUGUGCUGCAGUUGCAGCCGCCGGCAGUACGGCAGCAGCAUGUUGAGACCCGUGUGCAGUACAGAUGCGCACGUGCAGGUGCUGCAAGCCGCCAAUGUGUUCUUCCUGGAUGAAUUCUCCAGGAUGAUGACGUCCGAACAAUUCAUGCAGAUGCUCAUCACGGUGUGGCUGGCACGCCAGCGGCGAGCCCAACAUGCUGCAGCGCUACCUCAUCGUCCCGCUCUCUCACGGAGACUGACUCGCCUCUUUGUAGUGCAGGAGCAUUGGGCCCAAGUAACACAUGGGGGGGAGGGUCCCGCUGCAUCGUACGAGCAAGUCGUACGAGCAAGGCACCGUCGGCCGCGUCAUUUCAAGAAGGGGCGAGGUCCACAAUGGCAAAACUGGGAGUCGUCUUAA